UCUUCCUCGCCGCGGACAUCUUUUGGCUCUAGGAUGGCACGGUCAGCAAGCUACAGUUCGGUUGACGAAAGCGGGGAGAGACCCCGUUGUCACUAGGAAGAGGCUCUGCAGUGGCAGCGACCGCGGAGAUCUGCGUCAGGACUCAGAAUCCUCAUGGCUCUGCGCUGUCUAGGCCGCGAUGGCGGCGGCUGCGGGGGAUGGGCCCUGCCUAGAUCAUCUGUGGUUGCUGAAUAGUAGCCAGGGAAAGAACUCUUGAGUACCCGACUGAGAGGUCAUGACUCUAGCCACAGCAGAGGGGGCUUGGAUGGGCCCUGGUUGUUGGCUUGGAGUGAAGGAUGAGGAGGCAGCAUCUGAGCAGAGCAAGUCUGGGGAAGUGUCACAUCUUCAUAAUACUUCCGAGGCAGGUUCAUCAGUCCAGAUGGCUCAUCCUUGUAAUAUAUGUGGCCCUAUCUUGAAAGAUGUUUUGUGCCUGCAUGAACACCAGGAAACACACCAUGGACUGAAACCUUACACAUGUGAGGCAUGCGGGAGACGGUUCUCAUUUGGUACAAACUUCCUUCAGCACCAGAAGCAGUACAAUGUAGAGAGAUCCUUAAGGAGAGACAAAGGCAAGACCUCAUUCUUGAAGAACUGCAGAGUUUGUGAAGAACCUCAUCUGUCAGAGAAAUCAUAUACAUGUGAGGAAGAACAGAAAAACUUCCAGGCCUGUUUGGGCAGUCACCAGCAAAAGGCAACCCGAAGCAAGAGGAAGACAAGCGGCAAUGAGGGUGGGGAGGCCUUUCACAUUGGACAGAUGCCUUAUAGCUGCAGCGAAUGUGGGAAAGCCUUCAGCCGCAAAGACACACUUGUUCAGCACCAGAGAAUCCACACUGGAGAAAAGCCUUAUGAGUGUAGUGAGUGUGGGAAAGCCUUCAGUCGCAAAGCCACACUUGUGCAGCACCAGAGAAUCCACACUGGAGAGAGGCCUUAUGAGUGUAGCGAGUGUGGGAAAUCCUUUAGCCGCAAAGACAACCUUACACAGCACAAAAGAAUUCACACUGGAGAAAUGCCUUAUAAGUGUGGUGAAUGUGGAAAAUAUUUUAGCCAUCAUUCCAAUCUGAUUGUGCACCAGAGAGUUCACAAUGGAGCAAGGCCUUAUAAGUGCAAUGAUUGUGGGAAAGUCUUCAGACACAAAUCUACACUUGUUCAGCAUGAGAGCAUCCAUACUGGAGAAAACCCAUAUGUUUGCAGUGAUUGUGGAAAAUCCUUUGGCCACAAGUACACCCUCAUUAAACACCAGAGAAUUCACACUGAGACAAGGCCUUUUGAGUGCAUUGAAUGUGGGAAAUUUUUUAGUCGAAGCUCUGACUUUAUUGCACACCAGAGAGUGCACACUGGUGAAAGGCCUUUUGUGUGCAGCAAAUGUGGGAAAGAUUUCAUAAGAACCUCCCAUCUUGUUCGGCACCAAAAAGUUCACACUGGAGAAAGGCCAUACGAGUGCAAUGAAUGUGGGAAAUCUUAUAGCUUAAGCUCCCACCUCAUUCGGCACCAGAAAGUUCACACUGCAGGAAGGCUUUAGGAAUGCUGUCAACAGAACAGCACUCAUUUGGAAAGGGGCUCUGAUUUCUCUUUGAGAGGAAGACUUUAGUCAGAUGUUGACCUUCAUAUAUCUGAACAUUAACAUUGGGGAGAUACUAUAUAACUGAUGGGUACAAGGCAAGUUUUCAGAGGCUAUAUUGCACUUUCAGACCUGCUCAGGCUCCUUGCCAGAUUUCUGAGUGUCAGUGUCUGGUGGAAAACAUUUCAGCUCUAUCAACUAAGUUGUCCUGAUAUCCUCAGAGAAGGCAGAACUUUGUUACUGUCUCCAAUCUCUGGGGGAAUUAGAAUAAACCUGAGUUAAGUGAGGGAGGGGACUCAUUUUCUCCUUGCUGACUGGGAAAGGUGUGGACAUGACCUGUGUUUAUCGAAGAGGACCUGAGUUGUGUUCUGCUAGCAUGAAAGGUUUAUUUCCCUCAUGGACAUUGUUUGUCUCGUGAUAGUGUUGAUGGAUUUUUCCAGACUUCCAAGCUACUCAGCCUGAAGAACUACUUGCCUCAUGUUGCUCUGAUUUGUGUGAUAAUAAAGACAUUAUUUGAGCCACCUUUA